AUGGUAAGAUCGACCGAUAUUAACGUAUUCCAGCAAGAGCCAGAAUGUUCCAUGCCAGUGUCUAUUAAUGAGCAAUCAGAAUCGACCAAUGUUAAAGCAAUACAGCAAGAGCCAGAAUGUUCCAUACCAGUGUCUAUUAAUGAGCAAUCAGUAAACAAUUUGCCACACCAUGAUGAUCCUGUUACUAAUUUACCUAAUAAUCGCCUUGAAUUUAAAGAAAGAGUAAACCGUGGUCCAUUUCAACCUAAAUUACAAAUUUUUCCAAGAACAACCUUUGGAAAUAAAAACCGUUCUUUCCACCAACAAUAUUAUGAAGAAUUUCCUUGGUUAGAAUAUAGCCCUACUAGUGACUCUGCUUACUGUUUUCCAUGUAGGAUGUUUAAGUCAAAUAGUUUGAACAUAGGUCAAUCAGAUGAAGCAUUUACUACCAGGGGGUUCAAAACGUGGAGUACUAGUACUACUUCUUUUAAAAAACAUCAGAAAACAAAAUCACAUUUCUAUAGUACUGAAUCAUUAUCAAAUUUCCAUAAAAAAUCUAUUGAUGUUGUUUUAGAUGAAGCUAAAGAGCUAGUUCUGAGUAAAAGAGAAAGUGAUAGAUUGAAUAAUAGAAGUAUAAUGCAAAGGUUAAUUGAUAUAACUAUACUUUUAGCUAAAACUGGAAAGCCAUUCAGAGGGCAUAAUGAAAAUCUAAAGAGUGAUAAUAGAGGAAUGUUUUUGGAGCUUGCCUGGCUGCUUAAAAAGUAUGACCCGACAUUAAAAAAACAUUUGGAUGAAGGCCCCAAAAAUGCAUCUUAUAUUGGUAAUUUAAUUCAAAACGAUUUGAUUUUAUCUAUUCAUUCUGUUCUUAAAAGAAAACUUGUAUCUUCUCUAAAAAACAAAAAAAUAUCAAUCAUGGCUGAUGAAACGAGUGACUGUGGCCAUCACGAACAGAUGUCAGUUAUUGUUAGAUAUUACGAUGAUAUAAUUAAUUCACCAGUUGAGUAUUUUAUUUGCAUGAUGCGACUAACAGCAGUAGAUUCGCAGUCUAUUUUUGAUUCUCUAAGUUCCAUUGUAGAGAAACAAUUGGGUCUCAGCUGGUUGGAUGUAGUUGCUGUGUGCUUUGAUGGAGCCGCUACUAUGGCGGGAUGCUCAAACGGUGUCCAAUCAAAAUGCAAAGAAAUAAAUUCUAAAAUAUUCUAUGUUCAUUGUCAUGCACAUUGCCUAAACUUAGUAUUGGUAGAUUCUAUUGGCCGAAAGAAUCGAAUAGUUUUUGAUUUCUUUGGUACAAUACAAUUUUUGUACUCAUUUAUAGAAGGUAGUUGUAUUCGACACGCUACAUUAGAAAAAGUAGCCAAAGAAAUAAAUUUAACUCUUAAGACUCUAAAAUCUGUUUCUACAACACGAUGGGCGUGUCGAUUUGAAGCUGUCGCCGCAGUAAAAAAUAAUUAUUUGGCCAUUAUCUCUGCAAUCCAAAAGAUCUGUGACACAACUAAAAUUCCAGAUGUUAGAUCAAAGUCAAGAGGUUUACUAAUGCAAUUACAAACAUUUGAAUUCAUUUUUGCACUAAAUAUGCUACAUCCUCUUUUAUUACUCAUUGUCAAAGUUAAUUCAUGUCUCCAAGCUGAGGAUUUAGAUCUAUUAAAUUCUCUAAAUAUGAUCAAAUCACUAAAACUGAGCAUAUCUCAAUUAAGAUCAGAUGAUAACUUAUUUAAAAAAGUUUAUAAUGAAACAGUUGAGUGUUGUACAGAAACUGGAGUGAUUAUUCCUCAAGUAAAAAAAAGAAAAAUCUCUUCAAAAAUUGAUCAAUCAUCGGAAAAUCAAUAUUUUGCAUGUACAAAAGAAGAAGAGAUGAAAGUUACGAGUUUUAAUGUUGUUUUAGAUGACUUGUUAAAUGGUUUGAAUGAUCGUUUUAAUCAGGAAACAUUAAAACUUAUACUUACUGUAACGAAUAUAUUAAAACUUGAGCCAUCUCAAGAAGAUCUAUUGUAUUUGAAUAAUGUAUUUGGAAUCGAUAGUGAGCAAAUUCAAGUUGAAAUUAUGUUACUUAAAAAUAUACCAAAUAUUCCAUCUGGAACCAGUUCUAAAACACUUCAUCAAUGGAUUGAUUUUCUAAAUUCAAAUAAUAGAACUUAUAUUUUUGUUCACUUCUAUAAAGUAAUAGUACUUUUUGCCACUAUUCCGGUAACAACUUGCUCAUGCGAACGUGCAUUUUCUAAGCUGACGAUUGUAAAAACAAAACUCCGCAGCACCAUGACUCAAGAAAGACUUGACGCUUUAAUGUUUCUAUUCAUAGAACAACAGAUGACAACAAAUAUUAAUUAUGACGAAGUUAUCGAGGAAUUUAAAGUGAUGAUACCAACAAAACGACACCAACUUUCUAAAAGAGCUGAAGAAAUUUCUAAAAGAAGAGCAGUUUUUGAAAGGAUUAUAGAUGUAGUAAGAUUGAUUGGACGUCAUAGUUUAAGUUAUAGAGGAAAAUAUGAAGGAAUAAAUCAUUUAUCAGAUAAUACAUUAAAUCAUGGUAAUUUCUUAGAUAUAUUAUUGCUACUAGAAAAGUAUGAUGCCACUUUAAGUAGUCAUAUUCAAGCGAUUAUCAAAAAAUCUGAAAAAAUUCUACAUCUGGCAGAAGUCCAAAUCUAA